AUGGAUUCACGCUCGAGAAUUAAGAAUUAUAGACACUUUGCAGAGCCAUCUUAUGAACAAGACUCAAUCAAAGGAUUCUACUAAAUGGUCUCAAUACCAGAUUUAAUUAGAGUUUUACCUUCUAACAGCAUUACUUUUCUUGUUUAUGAACUCUUCAGUAAGUCUCUAGUCUAAAAGUUUUGA